AUGGGCACUCGGAGCGAACAUUUGAUCUGUUACGUUAACGAAUCUGCUUUCAGCAAAAUAUUUGAGCCGGAUCUUUGUCCGCUUCCAUUCAGCAAUGAGCAGCUGUACCAGUUUGUUACGGAUCGCCUGGCAAAGGGUGAUGAGACUGAAAUUUCAAACGCGCUGGACUGGAUCUACGCCUUAUCACUGAUGGAGAUUUCAAUGCCACUCCCAGUACUGCUCGAUGCAUUUUCAAAAUGUGCAGCACGAAUGUCACCAGCUGAAGUGAAGCAGAAUAAUGAGAAUGAUUUGGAGGAAGAGCGUGUAGCAUUACACGUCGCUAUGAUCGACAUAAUCUCACAACAGGUACGGCUCUCAUUUCUCCAUUUUGUCUUUUAA